UUGACCCUUUCACGUGGUUCCUGGCUUCAUCAAUAUUUUACAAAAAUGAGGCUAGAAAAGUGCUAUUUCUGCUCAUCAACAGUCUACCCUGGCCAUGGGGUAGAGUUUGUAAGAAAUGAUUGUAAGAUUUUCAGAUUUUGCCGGUCAAAAUGCCACAAAGCAUUCAAGAAGAAACGAAACCCAAGGAAGACCAAAUGGACCAAGGCUUUCAGGAAAGCUGCAGGAAAAGAUCUGGCUGUGGACCCCUCUUUUGAAUUUGAAAAACGGCGACAUGAACCUGUUAAAUAUCAGCGAGAGCUCUGGGCUAAGACAGUAAAAGCCAUGAAGAGAGUUGAAGAAAUAAAGAUCAAGCGACAGAAUCAGCACAUUGCCAACAGAUUAAAGAAAGGCAAAGAGUUACGGAAGGAAGCUGACAUCAAGGAGGUGCAGAAGAACAUCCAUCUUAUCAAGUCUCCAGCUGCACGUUCUGCGAAACUGGUGGAGAAAAUGGUGCAAGUUAUCCAAGAAGAAGACGAUGUCGACAUGGAGGACGUGCAUCUUGAGAUGUAAAUUGGGGGUGUUUUCAGUGACCAGGAUUCAUGUGCUCCCAGCUCCAAACAAAAUGAAACAAACAUUUUUAACCACCUUGUCCAACAUCUUUGGGCUGCAGUUCUCAAAUAAUUGUUAUGUAGAUACUUGAAUGUAAAUAUACACUUUUAAGCCACA